CGCGGCCCGGGCUAGGCGGCGGCAGCGCUGGAGGUGGAGGAGGGCGAGGAGGAGGAGGAGGAAAAGGAGGAGGAGGAGGAGGAGGGGGAAGAGCCACUGGUGGCAGUCAGACAGCGCGGCGAGAGGCCAGCCCGCCGGCGCCGAUUCUCAUGAAGAACUUUUAUUAAGAAGAGAUCUGUGUGUUGGGAAGUAAUGACAAAAGAAUGACUCAAAGUAAAACCUCUAAAUGCAAGUACCAGAAAGAUUGCAACACAUCUCAGUGAACUUUCAAGUGGACUGUCUUUCCUUGGCAGGCAGUUGUAGCGCUGCAGAAUGGGUCUCCGGAUUCACUUUGUUGUUGACCCACAUGGUUGGUGCUGCAUGGGUUUGAUUGUCUUUGUCUGGUUAUACAAUAUUGUUAUAAUCCCCAAAAUUGUCCUCUUUCCUCAUUAUGAAGAAGGACAUAUUCCAGGCAUAUUAAUAAUAAUAUUCUAUGGAAUUUCCAUAUUUUGUCUGGUGGCCUUAGUGAGGGCGUCAAUAACUGAUCCAGGAAGACUCCCAGAGAACCCUAAGAUCCCACAUGGAGAAAGGGAGUUCUGGGAAUUAUGUAACAAGUGUAAUUUGAUGAGACCAAAGCGUUCCCAUCACUGCAGCCGCUGUGGCCACUGUGUUAGGAGAAUGGAUCAUCACUGUCCAUGGAUUAACAAUUGUGUUGGUGAAGAUAAUCAUUGGCUUUUUCUGCAGUUGUGUUUCUACACUGAACUUCUUACUUGUUAUGCACUGAUGUUUUCUUUCUGCCAUUAUUACUACUUUCUUCCACUGAAAAAGCGUAACUUGGACCUCUUCGUUGUUAGACAUGAGUUGGCCAUAAUGCGACUAGCUGCAUUUAUGGGCAUCACUAUGUUGAUUGGAAUCACUGGACUUUUUUAUACGCAACUUAUUGGCAUCAUCACAGAUACAACAUCUAUUGAAAAGAUGUCAAACUGUUGUGAAGAAAUAUCGAGGCCCCGAAAGCCAUGGCAGCAGACCUUCUCAGAAGUUUUUGGCACUCGUUGGAAGAUCCUGUGGUUUAUUCCUUUCAGGCAGAGGCAACCACUGCGAGUUCCCUACCACUUUGCCAAUCAUGUCUAAACAGAUGGAUGGUGGGCACAGAUGGGUCCUCCAUGCUGGAAAUGCGUUACAGGUUUUCUGAUAAUAGAACUAUGACAGUCUUCAAGUCAAUUAAAAUCCACCCACCAAUCUUAGACAUCAUAAUGUGCCCCAGGCUUUAUUUUAAUAGUGAUCUUGAUCCUGUUGUGGGACUAAUACAAGAUCUAUAUUUAAGUUUUAAAGCAUGUUUACUUUCAAAUUAGGUUUCCACGGGGAUUUUUUUUAAAUGCUUUUGUUAUUAAAUUCAAAAGGCAGUGAUUGGGAUAAAAUAAUUGUACAUAAUUUCUUUUAGUACUGACAAUAUUACAGAUUUCAAUUUGUGGGAAAUUUAAGAUGUUCAUUUAAUUUUUUCACUCUUAAGUAGUGCUAACCAAAUCUAAAUUAAUUUUUAAGUUUCUACAGAAGUUUACAUACCUUAAAUAUAGAUUUUUCUUUUCUGAGUUGCAACUUGAAAGUAUAUAACACUUGCUUUCAUAUGUGCUGCAAGAUUUUUUAAAUGCAGCAUAGAAUUGAAGAACAAAAAUAAUAACAAAAAGGACAGUGUUUUAUUAAAAGUAGCUUUCUACUAGUUCUUCAUUCCUCUUCAAUGAAAACAAAAUUAAAAUACCAACUACCUACCUUAUUUUAAAGGAACAAUUAAUUUUUCCCAUUAGCUCUUUUUCUCCUACUGCUACAACAUUGAUACAAGUGAUCAUUGUUAAGUUAUAGACUUCAAGGAGAAAAUUGUGACCAGUGGGCAUGUAUACCUAUUUUAUCCUAAGAUUUUGAUGAAUAAGAAGGGCAGAGAAUUUGCAAUAAUACAUAGAUAUCUUUUCUAGUGCAGUUAUAUUAGAACGCAUAUGUUUUAAAAGUGCUAGUAUAACUAGAUAGAAUAUAAUGUACAGUAUAAAGAGGAGUAUUGUGCUUUUGAAAAAUAUAUAUACUUUCACUUUUAUUUACCUAUUAGUAGGUCAAAAAUUAUACAAUGAAGGUUUAUAUAUAGCAAAUAUUGGCCAAUUAUAUUUAAAUUUUAUUUAUAAGGAUUACUAGUAAAAGUAAGCAACUUUUGUAUUCUUGUAAUCAUCGAAAUUGAAAUUAAAUUGGAGUUGGCCAACUAUAAUUUAGUUUGAUCGAUUUAUUUGCUAUGAGCUAAUGUUAGGAAAUGAUCUUGAAAUAGAAAAUAUACUGAUAUAUUUAUCACUUGCCUUAUACAGAUUAAAUUGCUAAUAGUGACGGUCUCUUGGAAAGCAUAGACCAUUUGUGUGAAAAGACAUGUAGCAUGCUUUGAAAAUAAUUCAGCUUUUACGUAUUUUUCCAUUAGAAUACUAAAAUGUAUUGGUCUUUGAAAAAAAUAUAUACUAGUUUCCCUUGAGAGGAAGGCUGAAGAGGUCUGCUAUCUUGAGCAUAUUAGUGUUAUUCUUUUAGUUAAUUUUGACUUAUACCUGUGAAAUCAUGAAAUGGAUGGUUACCAUUGUCAACCAGUUAAUAAUACUGUGAUUAGUGCUUUCAGAAGUUGUAAAUAUCUUUUAAAAUAAUUGAUCUCUUAGAGACAUAAGUACUAUGUUUUCAUGUUUGGUCAGAACACUUUAUUAUUUAAAAGCUUAGGUUCAGGGCUGUAGUUCGGUGAGAGAGCGCAUGCUUUGCAUAUAUGAAGUCCAGGGUUCUAAUCCCUGACUCCCCCGAUCCUCCCUUCCCCAAAUAAAAUCUAUUUAGAUGUAGCAGAUGAAGAUAUUUAUUGGUGCUGAUAAGAUGCAUAGUAAGUUUAAUACAAGAAAUCUGUUUAUAAAGCUUAAGGAACCAGAAAAUUAGUAUGUUUGUGUCAGGUUAUGGGUUGGGUUUAGUGUGAGCUAAUGCGGGCUAAAUGGGGCCUUGUGUCAGAAAUGCUAUGGGGAAGUAAUAUGUAGAUACUGUAGAUAGAUCAGUUGAAUGCCUUAUGAUGUUUGCAUUCCUUUCAGAUGAAGAACUUGGCACAAUAUCAGAGCCAAGUGAAAAAGACCCCGUAAGGAACAUUAUGGGCAAGUUUAUAUUUUGUAUCAUAGUCAUUAGUACCUUAAAAAGUACUAGGAAAGUACUCAGUAUUAACCUCUGCUUCAGCGAUGAAAGCCAGAAGUUGUCCCUUUCCCUCUUUGAGGACUUUGGUUUUUCUGUUCCUUGAAUUUGCUGCUUUCAGGGCACAUUUUCUUUGCCCCUUUUUCUUUACCCAACCGCAAACUGAUCCCUGUGUACCUGAUUCCUCUAAAUUACUAGGGUAUAAACAUUACGCUAGAUAAUGCAUUUAAUUUGUUUGA